AUGAUAUAUUUCGAUUACGUCGAUACUGUUACGACUAAUAUUGACAUAUUGGAGAGUAAAACGGAUGAUAAUAUUGAAAUUGGUCCUAUACCAAUGACAGAACAAAUUAUGCAACAUAAUAUAAGUAUAGUUGAUAUACCGGACGUUGACGACGAUGUUACCCUGUCUCCUGAACCAAACUGGGACGCGAAGGAAGUUAUAAAGGACGUUGCGUACUUCAUUCGAGCUCAUAAGUUUCAGGAUUAUGAUCGACGUUAUUACAAGAGCAUCGAGGAAGUUCGCAGUCAUUUGUAUGAGGAAUUUCCGAAUCCAACAUUGAGAUCCGUACACUGGGAGGUACGCAAACACUGUCAGGCGAGCUUUGUCGAGUGUUUGAAAUAUCUCGGAAGGAUCAUUAAGCUCACUGGCCUGAGGCGCGAAGACGACACCGUCACGGUCAUGAAAGAGCAGAAGUGGAGUCUGGCAAACAAUACCGAGCAGAUUCUCAACGUUCAAAGGGACUGCGUGGAGGCCCAGAGGCAGGACAAUCUAACCAUGCGUCCCUUUCAAGGCCCAAUCGAACGUUUCCAAUGGCGUACCAGCGUCAGUUAUUACAUGUGUUGGUACACAAUGAUGGGUGUUCAAGAACUGGCCAACUUUGGCGAAUCCUGCGACAAUUUCGCCAACUGUCUCGACGAAUAUGGUCCAAGUAAUAAGGAUCCAAGGGCCGACGAUGCAAAACCUUUCGCUUGCGCUCUCUACAGUUUCUGUCCAGAUCACUGUUGCCCCAUGAAGCACAUCUGGCACAUGAGAGAUUGUUUCCAGUCGAAUCAGAAUCCUUGCUACGAUGUAAACUUUCCAGGACACAGAGAGUGCCUGUUGGAUCGUGAAAAAAAUCGUGAUUUCUUUUCCCUUAAAACGAAUCGAAUAAACGUUAGCUGCGAGUGCCCGGAAACGGGUUACGAGUGGUCUUCGAGAUUUGGUCUAUGCGUCGACGUAAACGAAUGUACCCGUGGGAUUCACAAUUGCACGUACGAGAACGGCGAGAGCUGCAUUAAUCUGCCCGGUCAUUUCGACUGCAUCUGCCGGUACGGUUACGUGUACAGCUUGAACAAGGGCCAUUGCGUUCUGAGCAUGACGAUCAAAAAUGCAUUAAGAGUCGAAACGAUCGAACCAACUGUCACGAAGAGAAGUAUUCUCGAUAGGAUCGUCGACGUCAUUGGUCCACCCUCUUUUUCUAACCCCACCACUUUGAUCAUUCCUAAGUUACGAUUUAAUACAAUCCUUUCUUUGUCCCUUACUUUAACGAUAUUUACGUAUCUUUUUUCUUGUUUGUUCUUCGAACAUGUGCACUGA